UUAACAGAAUAGAAACUAACCUUGAGAGAGAAAGAAAGAGUUGAAGAAAGAGAAAAACUGAUAAACAUUAUUGUACUGAUUAUCCGAUCUCGAUUCGAUUGAAGAUGUGGACCAGUGAUCAUGAUCGAAACAGAGGAGGAGCUCAGAAUUCCGAAAUCGAAGUCAUCGGAAAUGAUCUACCAGCGACUUCAAACAGUAGCGGUCCUCUAAAUCAACGUAGCGGUAGCGGUCGCAGGAAGAGCGCACGGUUUAACAUACCGGAGACUAGCGCUAGAGAUGAUCAAGCGUUCGUGGAAAUCACUUUUGAUGUUCGUGAAGACUCUGUUGCUUUUCACAGUGUUAAGACGGCUGACGGUGCUGAUGUUGAAGAUCCGGAGCUUUCUCUUCUAGCGAAAGGCCUUGAGAAACGUGCUUCAAUUGGUUCUUCUGUUAUUCGUAAUGCUUCUUCUAAAAUCAAACAGGUUUCUCAGGAAUUGAAACGACUUGCGUCGAUAACAAAUAAACGACCUCAACAAGGACGGUUUGAUAGGACUAAAUCGGGAGCUGCGCACGCACUUGUAAGUUUGAAGUUCAUUAGUAAAACAGACGGUAAUAAUGGUUGGGCUGCUGUGGAUAAACGAUUCGAUAGUCUUACUUCUUCUACUGAUUGGUUACUUCCUCGUUCACUCUUCGGUGAAUGCAUCGGGAUGAACAAGGAUUCUAAGGAAUUCGCGGUUAAGUUGUUUGAUUCGCUUUGCCGGAGACAAGGAAUUACUGGAGAUUCAAUUAACAAGACGCAGUUAAGAGAAUUCUGGAAUCAUAUUGCAGAUCAAAGUUUCGAUUCUCGUCUUCGUACAUUUUUUGACAUGGUUGAUAAAGAUGCAGAUGGAAGAAUCACAGAAGAUGAAGUCAAAGAGAUUAUUGCUCUAAGUGCUUCUGCCAACAAGCUCUCAACAAUUCAGAAACAAGCUGAUGAAUAUGCAGCUAUGAUCAUGGAAGAACUGGACCCAGAUAAUGACGGCUAUAUCAUGAUUGAGAGCUUGGAGAUGUUAUUGUUGCAAGCACCAAGCCAUAACGUAAGAGGAGACAGCAAAUACCUGAGCCAAAUGAUAAGUCAGAAAUUAAAACCAUCUAGGCUCAACCCAAUAGGGAUAUUUUUUAGAGACUUGACAUACUUCUUCCUCGAUAACUGGAAGAGGAUUUGGGUUAUUGCUUUGUGGGUUGGAGUUAUGGCUGGUCUUUUCGCUUGGAAGUUUAUUCAGUACAGGAAUAGGGCUGCAUAUGAUGUAAUGGGUCAUUGCGUUUCCAUGGCUAAAGGUGGUGCCGAGACUCUUAAGUUAAACAUGGCUUUGAUCUUGAUGCCCGUUUGCAGAAAUACAAUUACUUGGGUCAGGAACAAGACCAGGUUUGGAGCUCUUGUUCCAUUUGAUGACAACCUAAACUUUCAUAAAGUGAUAGCUGUGGCAAUUGCAAUUGGUGUUGGGAUACACGGGAUUUAUCACUUGGCAUGCGAUUUCCCUAGGCUACUCAAUGCAAGUUCUGAUACGUACGAGCCGAUGAUCCAAUACUUCGGGGAACAACCAACGAGUUAUUGGCACUUUGUGAAGAGCUUUGAGGGGAUAAGUGGGAUAAUUAUGGUGGUGUUGAUGGCAAUAGCUUUCACUUUGGCUACACCAUGGUUCAGGCGAGGCAAAAUCAGUCUCCCCAAGCCAUUUAAUAAGCUUACUGGAUUCAACGCAUUUUGGUACUCUCAUCACUUAUUUAUCAUCGUCUAUGGUCUGCUCAUUGCCCAUGGAAUCAAACUCUAUUUGACUCAUGAAUGGUACAAGAAAACGACUUGGAUGUACUUAGCCGUCCCAAUGACAAUAUACGCAUGUGAAAGAUUAACAAGAGCAUUCAGAUCCAGCAUCAAAGCUGUCAAGAUACAAAAGGUGGCUGUUUAUCCUGGAAAUGUAUUGGCACUUCACAUGUCAAGGCCCCAAGGCUUCAAGUACAAGAGCGGGCAAUACAUGUUUGUUAACUGCUCUGCGGUUUCUCCAUUUGAAUGGCAUCCUUUCUCCAUUACAUCAGCUCCCGGAGAUGACUAUCUGAGUGUCCAUAUUCGUACUCUAGGUGAUUGGACGCGACAAUUGAAGACCGUCUUCUCUGAGGUUUGUCAACCACCGCCUAAUGGAAAAAGUGGACUCCUCAGGGCGGACUUUUUGCAAGGGGAAAACAAUCCCAACUUUCCAAGAGUGAUGAUUGAUGGUCCAUACGGAGCACCAGCACAAGACUACAAGAAAUACGACGUAGUAUUGCUAGUCGGUCUAGGCAUAGGAGCAACACCAAUGAUAAGCAUAGUGAAGGACAUUAUGAACAACAUCAAGGCCAUAGAAGAAGAAAACAAAUCACUGGAAAAUGGAACCGGUAGGAGGACAACAAUCUCGAACAAUUUUAAGACAAAAAGGGCAUAUUUCUAUUGGAUAACUCGAGAACAAGGAUCUUUCGACUGGUUCAAAGGGAUAAUGAACGAAGUUGGUGAAAUGGACAAUGAUGAGGUAAUCGAAAUGCAUAAUUAUUGCACGAGCGUUUACGAAGAAGGAGAUGCCCGGUCUGCACUCAUCACUAUGCUUCAGUCUCUUAACCAUGCCAAGAAUGGUGUUGAUGUUGUUUCGGGAACUCGCGUAAAGUGCCAUUUCGCUAAACCAAAUUGGCGUAACGUGUAUAAGCGCAUUGCUGUCAGCCAUCCCAAUUCGCGAGUCGGAGUUUUCUACUGUGGGGCACCAGGACUGACCAAGGAGCUAAAACAGCUAGCUUUGGAUUUUUCUCACAAAACAUCCACCAAAUUUGACUUCAACAAAGAGAACUUUUAAACAUUCAACAAAAGAAUGGAAUGGCCAAAUAUACUUUUUCAGGGAAAAUAUAUCCAGAAGAAGACAUAUAUGACCAUCUGCAGCUAGCCCCAAGUACAACAUGUUCUUUUUCUGUGUGAAAUUAAAUAUGCAAUUGUAGAAAAUAAAAAUGUAUUCUAGAAACUUAAUAGAUAUUACUACUGUGUUUUAUGUUAAUACCAUUAUUUUUCUUGUUUA